AUGAUAGAUCCCAUUCCUCCAGAAUCCUCCCCCCACAUGGCCAACGACGUCGUACGGAGCUCCUCCUCCUUUACCACCACCACCUUCCUGAGCUACAUUCGGAUUCCGAUUCUGAUUUCCUUUUUGAUAUGCUUUGGACCUGGUGAGGCUCACGACAUUCUUCUACCUAGUCAAUGCCACGAUGACUGGUUGCCUCAACUGUCUUCCUCUUGCCCCGCCCCCAACCCACACUUGUACGAUCGUCCGGUCAUCGGAAUUGUCACCCAUCCCGGUGACGGCGCCUCCGGACGUCUCAGCAACGCCACCAAUGCCUCUUACAUCGCCGCCUCCUAUGUCAAGUUCGUUGAGUGUGCCGGAGCUCGAGUCAUUCCGCUGAUCUAUAAUGAGCCUUCCGAAGCUCUUUUUAAGAAGCUGGAGCUAGUCAAUGGGGUGCUCUUUACUGGUGGUUGGGUCAAAAAUGGAUCAUAUUUUGAGACUGUCAAGAAAAUCUUCAAGAAAGUUUUAGAGAAAAACGAUGGUGGAAAUCAUUUCCCACUAUAUGGCAUCUGCUUGGGUUUUGAACUUAUAUCAAUGAUCGUUAGCGAGGAUCACAAUAUACUUGAAGGAUUUAGUGCAUUAAAUCAGGCAACUAAGCUUGAUUUUUUCACAGAAAACCUCAAUGGAUCUUUAUUCCAAAGGUUUCCUCCAGACUUGUUAAGGAAGUUGAGCACCGAUUAUCUUGUCAUGCAAAAUCAUCGUUGUGGCAUAUCUCCGGCAAGGCUCCGGCGUAAUGAAAAAUUAUCUGACUUUUUUGAGAUCUUGACAACUUGCACAGAUGAACAUGAUAAGGUUUAUGUAUCCACGGUACGCUCACGGAACUACCCUGUCACUGGCUUCCAAUGGCACCCGGAGAAAAAUGCUUUUGAAUGGGCCGUAAAUCAAAAUAUCCCACACACAGAAGAUGCCAUUCUAGUGACUCAACAAGCUGCAAACUUUUUGGUCAGUGAAGCCAGGAAAUCAAGGACCAGACCAGAUGGACAAGAAGUGCUGGACAAUCUCAUUUACAAUUACCAGCCCACUUAUAGCGGGAGGGCUGGGUAA